AUGGGGAGGUCGUCGAGGGUUAGGAGAAGCCAAGAAAGUCGCUUUGGGAAAGGGACGGCCGGCGUGAGAGCGUCACCUCGAUCAAGAGCCGGGCGUAAAGUCCAGCCGAAAUCCGCAGCUAAGAAACUGGCGACGCAAUUGGCCACUCCGUCGAGUCCGUCGUCCUCCGAGUCGCAUACGGAAAUCGCACAGGAAAUUGUGGUUUGGACCGAGGGUAUGAGUACUGGAAUAGAUUUUGAUGAGAAGCGGGAUGAAGGUGCUUCACUUGUAACCACUGAACCGAGUGAGCCUCCCGCACCUUCGGUCACUCAUCCGCCCUCCAUCAAGUCCGAGCCGAACAGAGAGCUUGUCGAGUCUUCGCUUUCUACUCUAUCCGAUCACUCAGAUUUGUCCUCUUUGCCGUCGGUGGUCUCUAGUAGAGCCACGACGCCUGUCGACGUAGAUGGGCCGACUCAACAAGAUGCGGCAAGCGCUUCCAUUGCUAAAUCGCCCUCCCCCUCGCCCCGCAUUCCUGCCGCAGUGGACGACCAGGAACCUCAAGAUCCCCAAAUGUCAACUACUCCUCCUCAAAUAACAUCUACUCUUCCCCCAAUGACUGGAUCUCCUCCUCAAACAGCUAGAUCUCCUCCAACGACGGUAUCUCCCCCAACAACAGAAACUCAUCAAACAGCGAAACCCCCUCUCCCGGCGAUAGAAACUCCAACACUCUGUACUCCUGCUGUUGUCGAACCGGCUGCUAAAUCACCAACACCUGCCCCGCCUACCCCCCCGGUUCCUGCUGCGCCUGAACCCGCAGCUCCUAAUAAACCUACUUCUCCUCCGGAUGACGAUCUAGAGUCAUCAGCCUCGAAGUCAGUCACGCCAACACAACAACACGAGUUUAUACCUCCUCAACUUCCUGAAACCCAAAGCGUCGAGCGGCCCGUAUUCAAUGUGCGACCCAAGUCAUCGAUACCGACGGACCUUAGUCCUGCUGAGUACGCAAGCCAAUGCAUCGAGGGAGCGGAAAAUUCACGACUCAAUCCUUUUAUUCUCCAUCCAGGUGAAUAUGAGAUCAUGAAAAAUCAUCUAUCCUACGUCCAAGUCACGACCUAUCUGAACAUAAGAAAUGGUAUCCUCAGACUUUGGAUCCGGAACCCUCGCGUGGCCGUCACUCGUGACGAGGCCGUGGGCUGCGCUGGUGCUCGAUGGGCUAAUGUUGCUAGCGUGUGCUAUGACUGGCUUGUACGGAAUGGUUAUAUCAACUAUGGAUGUCUAGAAUUCCCACCCAUGGAAGCCAGAGAGAAAACCGCCAUGAAGAAGGCGCAAAAGACUGUCGUGGUGAUUGGAGCAGGCCUAGCAGGCCUCGGCUGUGCGAGGCAACUCGAGGGUCUCUUCAACCAAUACUCUGACCGACUCGCUGAACUCGGUGAAGUACCCCCGAAGGUUGUCAUUCUGGAAGGUAGGAGUCGCGUUGGCGGAAGGGUGUAUUCUCGCCCACUCGAGACAAAAUCGCCGGAUGUGUCGUCUCGUGUCGAAAGGUGCACUGCCGAGAUGGGCGGCAUGAUCAUUACCGGAUUUAUUGGAAAUCCGUUAAACAUCCUCGUCCGAGCUCAGCUUGGCCUUCCAUACCAUGUCCUUAACUCGCGCACCACAAUCUUUGACUACAAUGGCCAGCCUGUUGAGGACGAAAGAGACUUGCGCGCGGAGGGACUAUACAACGAUUGUCUCGACAGAGUGGUUGAAUACAAGUAUAAGUUGAAGCCACCCAAGAUGGUCAAGGGAAACAGGGAGCUCAUUAUGGAAGCGCGAGACGCCUGCAACGAUGGCCAGAAGACCAUUUCGCAAAAGGAGUGCGAAGACCACCCCGAGAUAUCUCCUGAAUCCCUCAGUCACAUUAUUGGACCCAUUCUCCCGAAAACCACCGCAGCCGCAGCCGCACGGUCCAUAGGGUGGACGUUACGCGCCGGCGUGUCAGAAACUGAUUCUAUCGACCUAAUCACGCCGACUUCCACACCCGGUGCCACUUUGGGGAGCGUGGUCGACUCCUGCUUUUCCCAGUAUAAGCGAAUAGUAGACCUUACCGACCAAGACUUCCGCCUCCUGAACUGGCAUGUUGCAAACCUCGAGUAUAGCAAUGCCACGAAUAUACACAACCUUAGUCUCGGUGGUUGGGAUAUCGAUGCCGGAAACGAGUGGGUGGGAAAGCACACAAUGAUUGUUGGUGGCUAUCAAAGAGUGGCAAGGGGCCUUUUGCAUUGCCCGUCAAAGCUCGAUAUUCGAAUGAAGUCUCCCGUCCAAGCGAUCAACUACCAUGCGAGCGAGCCAUCUGGACCCGCUACGGUAGUAUGCGAGGAUGGGUCGACGAUUGAGGCAGACUAUGUGGUCUCGACGAUUCCGUUGGGCGUAUUGAAGCAUGGCGAUGUCGAAUUUAACCCACAGCUUCCAGAAUGGAAGUUUGGGCCCAUUAAGAGACUCGGAUAUGGCGUCCUAAACAAAGUCAUCCUUAUUUACAAGCAACCCUUCUGGGAUCUCACUCGACACAUUUUUGGGGCGUUGCGAUGUCCCGAAAAUCCUCAGAGUGUUGACCAGUCAGAUUAUCGAUCCCAGCGCGGUCGAUUUUUCCAGUUCCUUGAUGUCAGUGCGACCGCUGGCCUUCCCUGCUUGGUUGCUCUCAUGGCGGGCGAUGCUGCCGUCGAUACUGAAACGGCGUCAGAUGACGAGCUCGUUCUGGAGGCUACUGAAGUUUUAAGGAACAUCUUUGGCAAAGAUGCGCCGUUGCCUGUUGAGGUAACUGUUGCGAGAUGGGCCAAGGAUCGAUUCUCCCGAGGAAGUUAUUCUUCAUCCGGCCCCGAAAUGCUGCCGACUGAUUAUGAUACCAUGGCGAAGCCUGUUGGUAAUCUUUAUUUCGCGGGAGAACACACGAUAGGAACCCACCCAGCAACCGUUCAUGGCGCGUACCUGUCUGGUUUGCGAGCAGCUGGUGAAGUCCUGCAUUCCCUUAUCGGAGACAUCCAAGUCCCAACACCCCUUCUUAUCCCCAAGGAAUCCCAGGCAUUGAAGAGAAAAAUGCUCGCCGAGGCAAAGGAUCCACGGGAGAUUUACGAAGAGCAAGUGUACCACCACAUUAUCGGCAAAAUCGGAGAAAGACCUGCCCCGCCCGAGAAGAUGUCCGCGAACGCCUACCGCCUCUACUGCUCCGCGAACCAGGAUGUGGCCCGCGCAAAGUGCCAGGCUGGCAUUCGACCCGGCAAGCGCAAGGGAAAGGCUGGCCCCAACGAGGUGCGCCACAUGCUUUCCAAGAUGUGGAAGCAGGCCACCCCCGAGGACAAGAAGCCAUUUGAGGACAUGGUUGCCGAGCGGAAGCAAGCGUACGCCCUAAAACUGGCGGAGUACGAGAGGCUUGCACCACUGUGGGAUGAGAAGGCGGUUGUUGUCCGGGCCGAGUAUGUAGAGGAACACCCGAUUGCUGAUCCUGGACCUGUCGAUGGAGAGGAGGAUGGACGAGUUGGGAAUCAGAGGAGAAAGAAGCAGGUUCGCUAUGCAGAGGAUAGUGACGACGGGAGUGAGUAA